UUUUGAUGGGCGUAUGUUGUCACCUGGAGUCAUGCUGUCCGUAAUCCAAUCAGAGGAGUGGAGAGAGUAAGUGUUUUCCAAGUUAAUCCCACAUGCAAAAAGGGAAACCUGGGAAAAGGUUGGGUCAUUAGUAGAGACUGGACAUUUGAAGGGCAGCAGUAAUCUGUGCAGGCAGCAGUGGUGAUGAAACGCUAAUGUUGCUGUUGUAUUUGGACUUUUUAUUUGAAUUCUUUGUGCACUGUAAUUCUGUCUGUUUCUAAUAAUCUGAUCUGAGCUCACCUGGCUCACCAGCUGCUUCCCUGUUGUCAAGGAUACUUCUCCAUGGAGACAUAGUCCCAGAGGAAUGGGAGGACUUCAGGAGAAAGGAGACCCUCACCUCAAUGGAGCAACAAGUCAGAAGGGAGGAUGAAACGAUAGAAGGAGAAUAACAGACGUAGCAGAGAAGAGAAAACAGUCAAGAGUGACCUUGGACUUUGAGGAGGAAACGGUUCAGUUUUCAGGAUGGGCUAUGAUCUUGAGAGGUUCGUGGGCUUUGUGAAUGAGGGUCUGCUGUGCUGUGUGUGUCGGGACGUGUUGGAGCGCCCCCUGCAGGCACCCUGUGAACAUGCUUACUGCAGUGCAUGCAUCAGCAGCUGGUUGCUCCAUCACCACUCCUGCCCCGAGGACAGACUGCCACUGGACGUGAGCAGUUUAAAGCCACUGUGCAGGUACAUGCGUAACGACCUGAGCCGUCUCCAGAUCCGCUGCGUGAAUGCAGCCCAGGGAUGUGAGGUGAUCUGCUCCCUGGAGAGCCUGCACACUCACGAGGAUGAGUGUGAGUUUGCCUUCGUGUCCUGCUCUAACACCGGUUGCCCUGUACAGGUGGAGAGGCGGAGUUUGGCGGCUCACUUGUCAGAAUGCAACUUCCACAGGAGAGAAUGUCCCAACGGCUGUGGUCACACACUCUUCUCCAGUGAUCACUCUCAGCACAACUGUGUGGCUGAGCUGCGAACUGAAGUGGAGAUGCUGAGGGCCGAGAUGCUGUGUAAGUUGGAGGAGGUGAGACGAGAGAUGGAGUCGCGCCUGGACUCCCAGAGGAGACACAUGGUCCAGAAGGAAUCACUGCUGAAGAACGAGAUGGAGGAACUCAAGGGUCAUUUGUCCCGGAUGAUGAUUGACAUGCGGGCCCUGUUAGGAGCGGAGCGUCUGAGAAGACAGGAGCUGGCGGAAGCGGAGCUGGAGAAGAGGGAACUGAUGGAGCUCCUCAGGGAUCUGCAGCCCAUCAGGAGUCAGAUUCCUGUCAACCAAACAGUCACAGAUCAACACCAGGGGGCGCUGCAGACCACAGAGGAACACACCGACACAAGACAACAGCAGAGGGAGGUGUUUUCACACCUGUCUGUGAUUGAAAAAGCUCCACCUCAACCCCCCAAAAGGGAGGAGGGAGAGCGCAAAGGUGGGAGCAGAAGUCUGACCCUGGAUAACAUCAAGAGGAAAACUCGGGAGGUGACCGUCAUCUGAGAGAGGAAGAAAUUUAUAUACAGAAACCAUUUCCAACCUGCUCAUCAAAUUAGUUAAAAAAAAGUGCAUCACUUGAUGCAUAUAAACUUUAGUUGUUUUUUUAAGCAUCAGUGAGUGGGAUUCGUUUUAAAAACGUGUUGCUGUGUAUUAAACCACUUGCUCUUUUAUACCUGGUUAAUCUGUGGAUUCUAGUGUGUAUGUAUUUGUUUUUCACUUUAAACAAUUUAGUUUUCUCAUCUUCUGCUCAGGUUCAGAAAAUUCAUUAUUUUGUCAUUAUGGCAGCACUACUACUGAAAUAUUUGUCAUCACUACAAGGUUUUAAUGUUUUACUAAACCUGUGGUUUGUAAACACUGUAUCACCUCCAGAGUUAUUAAGCUUAUUGAAUACCACCUAGUGGACAGACAGGAGCACAGGUCUAAAAGGUAAUCAGCUGACAAUGGUAUAUGUAGCAAAAAAUACAGUAUGUAUUCCUCAUAUACUGCUAUAAUGUACUAGAGUACCACCACAACUGGCAAAAAGUACAACUGGUGAAAUGCAAACCUUAGCUUGAGAACCAUUGCUUUAAACUGUAAAGAAUUUGUUAAAAAUGUGUUUAUAUAUGGGAAAUGCAAGAUGACAACUAUGCCAUACCAGUCUGUUCCAGUGAAAACUUCACCUUCAACUCUGCUCAAGAUUAAACGGUUGAUUGGGCACACACAAUUUUGUUACACACUUUCAUUACACAAUUUAAUUAUUCACACUUUUCAAAAGCAUGUA